AAAAGGAGCGAUUGGUCUCCCAGUGCUUCUCUUCCAUUUUGUUUGGGUUUGGUUUUCGUUUUUUGGUGUUUUGUUCUUCCUUUUUUCUAAUCUGGCUUUAAAAAUAAAGGAAGAUGGUUUUGCUCACAUUUUGUAUUCAAACUGCAGAACAGCACCAGUGCCACAACUGACGUGCCCCAGAGACUGAAAGACCCCUGGAAGAAUCCGAUUCUGUGAGUGGUGAGGACGGUGCUGGAAAACCAGUCCCAGAGGGAUGCUUCCUCCCCAGGAAACUCGCCGGCAGACUCCGUGCUUGAAUACAAGCCCAGGGCCUCCACCUUGUUCUUCUAGUCCUCAAAAUGGGGCACGGCCACCGCUGCUCCCGCACGGGGCACGGCCACCGCUGCUCCUGCCCCGCUGGGAAGCGGCCGGCGGGGUUUCAGCAGACAUCCCUGCUCCUGGCGUGCCCCGCCGGGAGCGGGCUCGGGGGCAAGAGCGGUCAGCAGGGAGGCUGGGCAGCGGGAACGCGGCCGGCGGGGUCCCGGGGAAGCGCGGGCGCCCCCGGGGUGCUGGCGGGCGGGGCGGGCCGGGGUGCCCGGGCGGGCGGGGAGCCGGGCGGGUGCCGGCACAUUCCGGGCAGGCGCACUGGGCGGCGCGGGGCGGCGGCACUGCGCGCACGGAGCCCAUGGAGCCUAUGGAGGCGGCGGGGCCGCAGCCGGGGCCGGGCCCCGCCGAGGGGCCGCAGGCGGGAGCCGAGGAGAUUGACAUGUCCCUGGAUGACAUCAUAAAACGUCACAGGAAAGAGCAAACAGAUGCCAGCGCUGCAGGGGACACGCGAAGGCAGCAGGUCAAGAACAGAAAUUCAGCGUAUGGGUAUGGGCGGCCCCGUUUCCGCGCCUGGAUGCAGAGGAAUUUGCAAGGACCUAACCGUUUUAGAAGAGGAUUUGGACAACAACAGUACAAUCGGAGACAAUUCAGGAAUACUGUGCCCGGUCCCAGGAGAAGAGCAGCUGCUGCAUUAAAUGGAGUGAGCCCUUUAAAUCGCCAGGCAUUGGCUCAAGAGGGCAGCAAGAACAGCGAGGCUUUCACCAAAAGCAACAGCAGCGGGCAGCCGGAUGGACGGCGACGGCCACCCCCAGGCCCCAAGAGAUUCAGAGCAGCACCUUCCAGCAACAACGCCCCGGGGCGAAGCAGACCUUUCCGGCUAAACAGGGGACCAGCCUUCCAGCAGAAGCGGAUGCAGCAGCGGUUCUCCAAAGCCAACUUUCAGAGAGGGAUGGAUGCUAAUGGAGAAGGGAAGCCACGAAGGAUGAGAAGGUGGCAAGUGAAACCCAGCCCCGGAGCAGUUCUGACAGUUUCUGUGGCUAAUCCCCAGGCGGGCCAGACUGGCGUGCCUGGAUCCAAGCGCCCAUUCCUGCGAAGCCAGAGGCCACCACCGCGGGCAGCCAAGCCCCAGCCCAAGGGGGUGCUGCUGAGAUUCAACUUCCGCGCGAUGGCCAACCAGGUAGAGGAUUGUCGACGGGACAGGCGGCACCUUGCACCCUGCAGCGGCCCUGCCACUAAGCUGUUAACAUCACGCUCAGGUUUUUGGGGCUGCCAGUUGGGUUUAUCUAGCAUAACCUGGGAGGAAAGUCCCUUAGCCGUGUUGGCCAGGGUGCUCGCAAAACUGAAGGCACCUGAGAAGACUGUUCAGCAGCUACAGACUCAGCCUGAUUUUCCCCACUCUUUUGGCCCCUCGUGGCCUGUCCAUGUGCUUGCUUGGAGCUGGGAGAUGCUGCCUGUGGGCAGUCCUGGCUGGGGGGGAUCGUUUCACUGCCAGUGCUCCCCACUCCUCAGAGACACACAGCACUUCUGGGCUUUGCUCUCUCUUUGCUUUGGUGACCUUCUUGGUGCCGCAUUUUAUGCUGAAGUAUGGUCCGAGAGCCCUGGGACAGGUCAGAAAUCCUGCUCCACCUUCUUCAUUGCUGGCGUUUCUUGUCUGGACAGUUUGGUUUUACUUGAUGCCUUGUGCUCAGAUGCCAUCUGCUUGCUCCUGUUCUUGCCGAGGACACCCAGUGUCUUGGGGCUGGGUGCUGCUUGGAGGUUUUCCAGCCGCACACAGUCUGUUGAGCUCCUUGUCUCCAUGUGCUGAGUGGUUUAAUUGACUAACUGGCUGUGAAGCAUCGUCCUGACUGAUGGGUUCUAAUCAAUACCCUGCUACGAGUUUGGCUGUGCUUUGCCAUGAGACCCGGGACUGACUCGCUCUCCCUUUCCCCUGCAGACCAGCCUGACGCUGGAUGAGAGGUUCUCUGGUCUGAGGAAUAAGAGGCGCUUUACAGCAGCCAGAGGCGCCGGCCGGACAGUCACCAUGCCUUAGCACCGCAUGCUCGUCACAGGGACUGCCCGUAACAGUCCAGGCCCUGUAAUGGGCAGCUCAAUAAAACUCGAUAGAUUUCCUCUGA